AUGGAAAUAAGUCAAAAUUCUGAUAGGGAAAUUGUAAACAAUAAUCAAGGAGUAAAUAUGCAUUUGACUGAUUCAUCAAAGGUUCUCCUAUCAACCGCUAUUGUUAAUUUAGUAAAUGAUAAAGGUAUUAGAGUAAAUUGUAGAAUUCUUUUAGACAGCGGCUCGCAACCGAAUACCAUGACGGAUAAUUUUGCAAAAAUUUUAAAUUUAAAAAGACGACGAUUGCGCUCAGCGAUUGAGGUAUUAAAUAGCAACGAGGUGAAUAGCGGUGAUUGGGUAGAGACAACAAUGGAAUCGCAAGUCUCAAAUUAUGCUGUUAAUGUAUCCUUCCUUAUCCUUCCUAACAUAACAGGAGUACUUCCAUCAAGUCCUAUAAAUAAAAAUCAAUUAAAAGUUCCUUCCUAUAUUAAACUUGCUGAUCCUCAAUUUCACCAACCGGCAACUGUUGACGCUUUAAUUGGAGCGGAGUUAUUUUAUGAAAUCUUAGGGUAUAAUAAAAUUCCUCUUGCACUCCCGCAUACUUCUCUAUUAAGUUCAAAAUUGGGAUGGAUAGUAAUUGGGAAGCUGGGAAAAAAUACUAAAAUACAAAAAAUAUCCUGUAAUUUAAUAAGAGACGAUCUAUCUGUGCAGUUGGAGAAGUUUUGGAAAAUCGAAGAGGGGGAACAAAGGAAAUUUUUAAGUAAGGAGGAAAAGGCUAGUGAGGAACAUUUUGUAAACAAUGUAACUCGUGACAAUGAAGGAAAAUAUAUAGUGAGACUGCCAUUCAAUGAAAAUAAAAACAAUUUAGGAAACUCAUACGAAAUAGCUCGGAAAAGAUUUUUUAUGCUCGAAAGGAAAUUGUCAAAAAACCCCGAAUUAAAAGAAAAAUAUACAAAAUUUAUAAAAGAAUACGAACAACUGAAUCACAUGAAACAAAUAAUUGCAGAUAAGUUCGAGGGAUACUAUUUACCACACCAAGCGGUUCUGAAAAUGAUAGAUGACAUUAUUAAAUUUCGAGUAGUUUUCGAUGCAUCGUGCCAAACAGAUACCGGAACGUCCUUGAAUGACGCAUUGAUGACAGGACCAACUAUCCAGGACAACAUAAUAGCAUUAAUGUUACGAUUUCGACAGCACAUCAUAGCCUUGAGCGGAGAUAUUGAAAAAAUGUAUCGUCAGUUUUUGAUACAUUCUCAAGAUCGAAAAUUCCAAAAAAUAUUAUGGCGAUACAACGAGGACGAACCGAUCAAGACCUAUGAACUGAAUACUGUGACAUAUGGAACUUCUGCAGCGCCGUUUUUGGCUAUUCGUUGUUUGGAAGAAUUGUCAAAAGAUGAAGGACAUGCAUUUCCAAUCGCUGCUGAGGUGUUAAAAAACGAUUUUUAUGUGGAUGACUGUCUCACGGGAGCCGACACUAUAGAGGAAGUAAAACAAAUCAAAGAAGAAUUAAUCGAGUUGACAAAAAAAGCAGGACUUCAUAUUUGCAAAUGGAGGUCAAAUCAUCAAGAAAUUGCUCAAAAUUCAGAAGACUCAGAAAUGCUGACAAGUGACGUGGAUCAAAGUUCAAAAACUCUUGGUGUGAUGUGGAAUUCUCGUAACGAUACAUUGCAUUUUGACGUGAAACCAACGCUGGAUCAAAAACCUACUACAAAACGAAUCAUGCUUUCUCAAAUUGGAAAGAUGCUUUAUGAUCCGUUAGGAUUAAUUGCACUAGUUACAGUUAUUGCAAAAGUAAAAAUGCAAGAACUGUGGAAAACAAAUAAUUCGUGGGACGAUCUGAUACCAACUAAAUUAUUAUUAGAAUUCGCGCCUAUCCUGACGUCAAUUGGUGGAGUUGAGCAAUUGGGAAAUCGAGAGAGCGGUCAGGAGUCAGCCUUCAGACGAAACUCAAACCCACGGUGUUCGAAUGACGGAAAACAUCGUACUAUAUUAUUAUGUGCGAAAUCAAGAGUUGCACCAUUGAAGACAGUAACAUUGCCACGACUUGAACUUUGCGCAGCAGUUUUGUUGGCAAAGUUAAUAACAACUGUUAAGAAUGCAAUAAAAUUCAAUGUAAGUGCAGUUCAUCUUUGGUCAGAUUCAACCAUAGUGUUGAACUGGAUUGCAUCUUCUCCUCAUGAAUUCAACACAUUCAUAGCCAACCGCAUCGCCGAAAUACAAACCCUUACUGCACCUGAAUGUUGGAAACACGUCAUCUCACAGGAUAACCCCGCAGAUUUUGUAUCUAGGGGUCAAAUGCCCGCAGAAUUUAUAUCAAACAAACUAUGGAAAAAUGGACCUUUGUGGUUGGAAUCAUCGGAAGAAACCUGGCCUGGUGGUCAAUUCAUUCAAACGGAAUUGCCGGAAAGAAAGAAAAAUGUUGUGUUGACAAUAAAAAGUGCAAAAACUCUAAUGGAUUUAUGGUCUCAAUAUUCAUCUCUCAGAAAAUUGAUCCAUGUGGUGGCAUAUUGUUUACGAAUUGCAGAGAGAGCACGUGGUAAAUUGAAAUUUUCCGAGAUAUUAACACCAGCAGAGAUUCAGUCAGCAUUCAAUAGAAUUAUUUCAUUGGUCCAGAUGGAAGAGUUCAACAGCGAGAUUAAUCAACUAUCAAGGAAUGAAUGUCUGUCGAGUCGAUCAAAAAUACUUCGCCUGAAUCCUGUAAUGCAUGAGGGAAUUUUAAGAGUGGGGGGAAGAAUAAAGAGAGCAGAAUUGUCCUACGAUCAACGACACCCGAUGCUGCUACCAAAAAAUGAUCCUCUUACCGAAUCAAUCAUCCGCGAUACUCAUGAACAAAAUAUGCAUGCCGGUAAUAAUGCAACGUUGUAUGCAGUGCGUAUGAGAUUUUGGCCAAUCGACGGUAGAUUAGCAGUACGUAAAAUUAUAAACAAAUGCGUAAAAUGUUUCCGAGUUCAUUCUAAAGAAAUGUCAUAUCAAAUGGGAAAUUUACCAACUGUACGCGUAACUGCCGCUCGUGUUUUUGAAAAUACUGCGGAUCAAAAUAUUGAGUGGUAUUUUUCACCCCCGCGAACUCCUCAUUUUGGUGGCAUCUGGGAGGCGGCGGUGAAGUCGCUCAAACAUCAUUUACGGCGAACGAUUGGCGAAACACUGUUAACAUACGAAGAACUCGGAACAUAUAUGUGUGAAAUCGAAGCAAUUGUAAACUCGAGACCUCUUACUCCGAUGACUACCGAUCCUAAUGAUGUAAGCGUAUUAACUCCAGGUCAUUUUUUAAUAGGAGAACCUUUGACAACAAUUCCUGCUUGGGACUAUACUCAAACUCCUAUGAAUAGAUUAUCGCGAUGGGAAUGUUUACAAAAAAUGAAAUGUGACUUAUGGAAACGCUGGUCCAGAGAAUAUUUAAAUGAGCUUAACGUUCGAUCAAAAUGGCAUACGGGAUCACCGGAAGUGAUAAGGGAGGGCACGUUGGUUGUUUUAAGGGAUGACAAUCUUCCUCCAUUGAGAUGGAGUUUGGGUAGAGUAUCUCAAGUACGACCAGGAGACGAUGGUGUAGUACGAGUGGUAAAAGUAAAGACCCAAAAUGGUGAAUUAGACAGAGGUGUAAAAAAAAUAUCACCGCUCCCGAUAGAAAUAUUAUAG